GACACGAGUUAAACUCGUACUGUCACUUCAUCCAUCAUACUUGAAAAAUGUUAAAUAUUAUUUACAACAUCUGACAUAAGAAAUAUUUGUGACACAGAAAAUAUACAUUAAUCAAUUAGCAAAAUGUCAUUUUUAAUCAAUAAAGGUUCUAAAACUAUUGUAUCUACAACUUUGCAAUUUAAACGUUUUCGUGGUAAAAUUAAUAUUCAAAGACCACGAGAACCCCAUUAUGAAAAAGCUAGAGUUUUAAGGUUUGUACAACCAAUUUUUGCUGAUAAGAAGAAAAAAUUACCUAUUAUCGAUCUAUGCACUAAACCUGUGGAUACUACGAAAAGGAAUGUAGUUAACAAUCCUUUAGAAAAUAUACUUGCUAAAGAAUGUCUUAAUUGGUUUAAUCAUUCUAAAAUGGUAGUAUUUUUCCAUAAAAACACGUUCAACAAGGAAGAUGAAUUCGAAGCAAUGGUUAAAUUAAAACAUGAAAAUAUGUAUAUGAAACAAUAUGGAGCUGCUAUAGUGAAAAAGGCCCUUGUGGAUACAAAAUAUGAAGCCGUACUAAGUCUUUUUAAAUCACAUAAUGUGAUGAUAUUCAGCCCGGAUAUUAAAGUUUCUAAAGUGCUUAAAAUAAUGAAAAAAUAUCCUCAAUUAAUAAUGUUAGCUGGAAUAGUGGAUGACCGUCUUUUAAGUCACUCAGAGUUCUUGAGUUAUGGAAAACUUCCUAAUUUAGAAACAAUGCAAGCAAAUUUAACCAAUGUUUUGAAUAUGGCUGCAUUAUCUUUAACUAAUAAUUUAACAUUACAUCAAAGUAAUUUAGUAUCUAGCUUAGAACAAUAUGCUGAGCUCAAAAAAUCAGAAAGUUCUGAUACUUCAAAAGAAAGUACAAAUAAUGUAGAAGAAACUUCACAAGAUAAGUCAAAAGAAUAGUCAUAAUAAUGGGUUAUAUAUUUCUUAAUUUAUAUAAUUGAUGAUAAUAGGCAGUGAUUAUGCAUUAUUUAUGCAAAUAAUUAAACAUCUGUAAAUAAAUUAUAU